GAGGUUGGGGAGGAGUCUCUGGUACAGGAACUGCAAACUAUAAUUCUUUUCUCAUUGUUUCUUAUGUUUCCAGGUUGUCUGAUCUGAAAUGAAAGAUGGCAAUAAAUACAUGAGGGGGGAAAAAACCACUUUAAAUCUGUUGUGUUUGUAUUCCUGUGGAUUAAUCCAGGAUGUCCCAAGAAAAUACAUCUGAUAAUUAUGUGAAUUCAGUAUCUCCAAUUUGUGAAGAUGAUGCUUUCCAAAAGAAAGGGCAUAGUGCAAGGACCCUUAGCUCUGAAGAAGCUGAGAAACUGGCAAGAGAGCAAGUUUUGGUGUCUGACUUCAAAAAACUGAAACUAGAGAAGGAGGCACAGAAGAACUGGGAUCUGUUUUACAAAAGAAACAGCACAAACUUCUUUAAAGACCGGCAUUGGACAACUAGGGAGUUUGAAGAUUUAAAAGCAUGUCGGGAGUUUGAAGAUGAGAAACUGACCAUGCUUGAAGCAGGCUGUGGGGUUGGAAAUUGCUUGUUUCCACUUUUAGAAGAGGACUUGAAUAUCUUUGCUUAUGCCUGUGAUUUCUCUCCAAGAGCUGUUGAAUAUGUAAAGAAGAACACUUUAUAUAAUAUUGAGAGAUGUAAAGUAUUCCAAUGUGAUCUGACCAAAGACGACCUUCUGGAAAAUAUACCAGCAGAUUCUCUGGAUGUUGUCACGUUAAUAUUUGUGCUUUCUGCCAUUCACCCUGACAAGAUGCACCUUGCCUUGCAAAAUAUUUAUAAGGUGUUAAAACCAGGCAAGUGUGUCUUAUUUAGAGACUAUGGGCUCUAUGAUCAUGCGAUGCUUAGGUUUAAAUCUGGCAACAAACUUGGAGAAAACUUUUAUGUUAGACAAGAUGGGACAAGGUCAUAUUUCUUUACUGAUGAGUUUUUGUCUCAUCUCUUUAUGGCUGUAGGAUAUGAGCAAGUGGUCAAUGAGUAUGUGCUACGAGAAACUGUGAAUAGGAAAGAAGGCCUGCGUGUUCCAAGAGUUUUUCUUCAGAGCAAAUUUCGAAAGCCUCUAAGUGAAACAUGAGUAUUUGCUAAUGAGCACUAGAAAUGCUUCUUUUAAUGGGGGGUGAGAGGCUGGAUCUAGCAUGGUGUUUUUUCUUUUUUGUACUGUCCUGGUGACAGAAUGACAGAAUUACAUUUUUCAGAACCUUCUGUUUUUGAUCCUUGGGUCUGGAAGGCAAGAGUGAGUAUUAAAAUACAAUUUUUAAGAUUGGAUAAAGGUACAAACAACCUCUUUGGAUACCUACAUUUCCUUUUUAAAGUAAAUUCUAUGCAUCAUUGUUAGAGACUCUUGUAUGCUUUUGAUAUAAAAAUGGUUUAAAUAAGAUUAUCUGUUUUUAAAUAAUUCUUUAAGGAUUUUGCAUAUGAUUGUAAUUUUCAUUAAGGAAAGUAUGUGUUGAGCAUAAAAGGGCUAACAGUUAUAAAUAACUGUUUCCACUAGCUGCAAGAACAGAUUAGUGUUCUGUCCCUUCUCUUUCACAUUAAAACUAUUUUAUAUUUCUGGUAAUGGACAUUUUUUGUUUUAUUUUCAUUUUUAUAAAUAAGAGCUAUUAAGUUAUAUGUAUUUAUUCUCCUUUCAGUGCAUAUAGCGCACUUCAUAUCGGGUGUUAAGAGAAAUGGGCACACUUCAUGCAUGAGAGAUUAGCCAAAAUACUGUUUUUAUUAUGAAAAUAAUAAUCUGCAACAAUUUGAUAAGCUAUUUCUUAAGACAUCUAUUAAUCAUUUAUGAAAUAUUAUUGGAUUUACCCAGCAUUGUUUGGGACCUUGUGGGGGCUUCAGGGCAGGGGAUGCAGGAAACAGGGCAGUGAGUUGAGAGGUACGUGAGGGAGACUAAGGGCAGGGUAUGUGGAUACAGGAGUCAUGGAAGGGUAUGCGGGGAGCAGGAGUCAGUGUAGGGGGUUGGAGGCUUAGGGCAGGGUGUAGGAUAAGUAACAGUUCAUUUACUAGUCGAAUAGUCGAUGGAAUUUCCCUCAACUAGUCGAUAGGCACUUCGGUAUGCCUCCUUUGAAAUGUACAAGAGUCUCUGCUGGGUUCUUGUGCAUCUCAAAGGAGGAGAAUGUGGAACUCCCCAUGCAGCCCGGGGCCAGCAGGAAGUCCCUCUGGGCUGCAUGCAACGUGCCAGCUUUGAAAUGUACAAGAGUUCCUAGUGGGGGCUCUUGUGCAUUUCAAAGCGGCAGUAUGGAGCCCAACUGUGCUGCCCAUUUGAAAUUCCACGCAGAGCUGGGGACUCCCCAGCUCAUUCUGGGCUCUGCGCAGCAUUUCAGCAGAACCCAGGAUCAGCUGGGGACUCCCCCUCUGACCGCAGUUCCGCGCGGCAUUUCCUCAGAACCCGGAGUCCCCAGCUGAUUCCAGGUUCCACACGUGGCAGUACUGCACAGCUGAUCCCAGACUUAGCUGUGCGGUACUGCCCUUUCAAAGUACCCCUUCUUGUCUCCCUCCCCUCCCACUGCCUCUAUUAGAUAGAGGCAGCUGGGUGGGGGAGGGGAAUCGAAUAGUCGACUAGUCCUUAACAUCCCUAGUGUAGAAGGUGCAGGAGUCAGGGCCUGGGGUUGAGAGAUGUGUGUGGACUUCCUCAGCUGGCGACAGCUCUCCAGGACUGGCCGGCAGCUGCUUCCUGGUUCUCUGGGGCUGUCGAGAUUGAUGAGGAGUGGUCACAGACGACUUCUCAGGGGUGCCUCCCAGGGUGCUGACACGGCCACUGCCACUCACCUUCCCGCUAUCUGAGGCUCCUCAACACCCAGUCCUGCUGGGCCAGCUCCGCUGGUCUCCCCCAGCCAAGAUCCCGAGCUUAGGUCCCUGCCCCCACCGAGAAGCAGUACAGACACUGAACCACUUCACGUCCAAGGAGAGUGCAGUUUAGGGCCCAGUCUUCUGAGGUAGCACUCCCUAGAUUGUAGGCUGACCCUCUGUCAUGAUAAAUAGUUAUGUAAAAUUGGUUAAUAGGUUAAUAAAGUUUAAUGGUAUUAUGGACUGUUUGGGUAAAUAUCAAAAUGGAGUUGAUAUAGAUAAAACGGAGUUUGUAAGGUGUGACUUUGGGAAAGGGAGGGGUCCUUCCUAUGGAGUGGUAAACAAGAACCAGUACAAACUGGAUUUUCCCGCCUUUUUGUGGACUAAGGGCAAACCACCUCAGAGGUUUCCCACCCAAAAGUUUAUAUAAGUUCGGAUGCAGCCUAGGAGGGGGCUGUCCACCCGAGAGACAGUGUUCGCGUGGGUACUGAGAGACCUGAUCCUGCUGUGGACCAAUCUGGAGAGCAGAAGAGGAAUCCCAUCUAUCACCUUCCAUCCUGCAAGCACCACCUGCCUGCCAUCCUCUUCGGGGUUCUUUUACCAUCAGCGAAGGACUCCCCGAUGUACCUCCCUGAGGGCUCUCAACCAGCCUAAGGGUUGUAGGUCCUGAGCAACUCUCUCCAGAUCCUGUCACUCCAGUCUGAGAAGAGCAAGUAGCCAUCUGUAAUUGGGGUACAACUUACCUUUACGGUCGCGCUGUCUGUGGUUAUAUAGAGCUUUUUUACUGUUCACUUUCACUGUUUUGUUUAUGGUUAUUAGUUUGUGCUGGGCUUCUUCCCCUGCUCUUCCCUUUUUUGUUCACAAUCCUAAUACAAUUCCUUCUUGUUUUCACCUUUAA